AUGAGCAGCUUCCUGACUUACACCGCUAUAGUGCUUGUCGCCUCGCCGGGUUUGGCGGCCGGUAUCUCGGGCGGCAUCGGGCGCCUGCCGGCCAUGGGGUGGAAUUCGUGGAAUGAGUACGCGUGCGAUAUCAGCGAGGGGGUGUUCCUGGAGACGGGCGAGCUGAUGGUCUCGCUGGGGCUGAGGGAUCUGGGGUACGAGUACGUCAAUAUCGAUGACUGCUGGAGCGACAAGGAGAAGAGGCGGGACGAGGAGACGAAGCGGAUCGUGGUGGAUUCGGAGAAGUUUCCGAGGGGGAUCUCGCAUGUUGCGGAUGAGAUUCAUAAGCUGGGGCUCAAGGUGGGAAUCUACAGCGAUGCAGGAACUCUGACCUGCGGGGGGUAUGAAGGGUCUCUUGGCUAUGAAGAUAUUGACGCUGCUACGUGGGCAGAAUGGGGCAUUGACUAUCUCAAAUAUGACAACUGCAAUGUUCCGCCUGAAUGGGCAGAUGAGUAUCCUUACGACCCGGCCUUGACGAGCAAUCCGGUGCCACCACGGGGCUACGACUAUGCCAGGUCCAACACAAGCGUACGGUUUAGCAGAAUGCGCGAUGCCUUGCAACGACAGAGCCAACCUAUCCAGUACUCUCUGUGCGUCUGGGGCCACGCUCACGUCGAGCGCUGGGGCCACGAGACGGGCCACAGCUGGCGGAUGUGGGGAGACAUUCUUCCUCAAUGGGCCGGCAGGGCUGGCUUCUCAUGGGGCAUCAUGCCCAUCGUCAACCAGGCGGCGAGGCACUGGGAGGACUCGAGCUUCUGGGGCCACAACGACUGGGACAUGCUCGAGGUAGGCAACGGGGACCUGACCUUUGAGGAGAACCGGAGCCACUUCGCGCUCUGGGCGGCGCUCAAGAGCCCGCUCAUCAUCGGGACGCCGCUCAAGGGCAUCGACGAGAAGGUGCUGGGGAUCCUCAGCAACAAGGAGCUCAUCGACUUCAACCAGGACACGCACUACUCAGACUCGGCGCGGCCGUUCGGCCUGGAGGGGCCGGUGCCGCCCACGGCGGACAACACGGCCCAUCCGCCCAGCCACUGGGUGGGCAUCUCGGUCAAGGGCAUCCAUGUCUUCUUGCUGAACACGGGUGCGGAGGAGGCCGUCCUGGCGGUUGAGUUUGACAGGACGCCCGGGCUCAACAAGCAGCGGGUCUACCUGGUGCACGAUAUGUGGACAGGGGAGGACCUUGGGGUCUUUCUGGAUGGCUUUGCGCUGAGCGUCAAGGCCCAUGAUACUGCUGCGUUGCGGUUUACAACCCCCCAAGGGAAUCAUCCAGAUGCGAACUGGGCACCUAGGGAACCUAGGCGGUCUGAGGGUGGUGAUUAG